CUUCAUGUAUCUUUUUCAGGUCCAGUCAUUAGUGUAACCGGAGGAAGUUACAGAAAAGAAGGAGCAUAUGGUCCUCGGGUCAACAAUUAGUUCUUGUCAGUCCUCGGGUUAAUAAUUAGUUCUUUUCAGUCCUCGAGACAAAGCACCAACAUGGAAGUUUGUGCAGAUUCUGUACUAUCAGCAGUUAAUGCAGAAAAAGGAGGGGCAAUACGAGUAGAAUUGUGUAGCAAUUUGGCAGAAGGUGGAACCACACCAUCAGCUGGACUUUUGAAGGUGGUAAAAUCACGUUUGAAGAUUCCCAUAUAUGUGAUGCUGCGACCACGUGGUGGCGAUUUCUUCUACAGUGACGAUGAAUUUGAAGUCCUAAUGGAAGACUUGAAACUAUUGAAGACUAUAGGAGCAGACGGAUUUGUGUUUGGUUUUCUUAAUUCGAAUGGCACUAUAGACAAAGACCGCUGCAAAGAAGUCAUAGAUGCCAUUCGGCCUUUAUCAGCAACAUUUCAUCGUGCAAUAGACACAUCAGUUGAUAUAAUGACAGCAUUGGAAGUGGUGAUAAAACUUGGUUUUACACGGGUUUUAACAAGUGGAGGCUGCUCAACUGCUUUAGAAGGUCUUCCUGUUAUCUCAGAAAUGAUUUGCAAGGCUAAAGGAAGAAUUAUAGUUAUGCCAGGUGGAGGUAUAAAUGAGAACAACAUUUCAAGAGUUCUACAACAGUCCAAAGCCAGGGAAUUUCAUUGUUCAGCUAGAACAUCAAGACCGUCGUUGAUGCAAUUCCAAAAAGCAGGCAUACCAAUGGGCACUGCAUUAUUCCCACCAGAAUAUAGCACAAAAGUAACAGAUGUGGCAAAAGUUCAGCAUUUCAUUAGUUUGUCAGAACUGAGAUGAUUGUUUUAUGGAUAUGGAUUAAUUAUGUUCUCUGGAUAAAUUGUUGGCCUUGUCCUAUUUGCAAUGUGUCAGAACACAAUGCAAUUGCCUGCCAAUUAAAAUGAUCGAAACUUAUAUAACAUCUAAGGUGCAUUUAUUUGAAAAUAUAUAAUUUAAUAUUGGGAA